AUUGUCCUGUAGCCUUGACCCCACCUGCCCUGGCCAUGUUCCCUGGCUACUCUGUACCUGCUGCCCUUCACACCAGCUCCGGAGGAGCCAUGGGGCACCAGGCCUGGGCCCCUAGUCACUGUUCCUUCCCCAGGCCAUGUCCCUUCCUGCUGCUCCUGCUGCUGCUGGUGGUACCUCGGGGGGCCCAGCCCCAGGCUGGCAGGAACCACACAGAAGCCCCAGAACCUAAUGUCACAGCCACCCCCAUGACUCCCACAAUCCCUGUGACCUCUGGGAACUUCAAUGCCUCAGUAGCAAGUGCUCCAGAGGCAGAGGCAGAGACCGAGGGACCCCAAGGUGAGAGGUACCUUCCUAUUUCCAGCAGCAGCCCCCCUGGGGCCCAAGUGCUCACUGAGUCUGGGCAGCCAUGCAGGUUCCCGUUCCGCUACGGUGGCCGCAUGCUUCACUCCUGUACCUCUGAGGGAAAUGCCUACAGGAAGUGGUGUGCUACAACACACAACUAUGACCGGGACCGGGCCUGGGGCUACUGCGCAGAGGCCACCCUACCUGUGGAAGGCCCAGCUGUCCUUGAUCCUUGUGCCUCCGGACCCUGCCUCAACGGGGGCACAUGCUCCAGCACCCACGAUCCCGUGUCCUACCACUGCACUUGCCCUCCGGCCUUCACAGGCAAGGACUGUGGCACAGAGAAAUGCUUUGAUGAAACACGCUACGAGUAUUUUGAGGUGGGCGACCACUGGGCCCGCGUGAGUGAGGGACGCGCGGAGCAGUGCGACUGUAUCGAGGGCCAGGCCCAGUGCGAAGACACCCACCACACAGUUUGCCUGAGCAGCCCAUGUCUGAAUGGAGGGACCUGCCACCUGAUUGUGGGCAUGGGGACCAGUGUCUGUGCCUGCCCGUUGGGCUAUGCUGGGCGGUUCUGCAACAUUGUUCCCACCGAGCGCUGUUUCCUGGGAAAUGGUACAGAGUACCGAGGCAUAGCCAGCACCGCUGAUUCAGGCCUGAGCUGCCUGGCCUGGAACUCUGAUUUGCUCUACCAAGAGCUGCACGUGGAUUCAGUGGGCGCUGCUGCACUGCUUGGCUUGGGCCCUCAUGCUUACUGCCGGAACCCAGACAGAGACGAGAAGCCUUGGUGCUAUGUGGUGAAGGACAAUGCACUGUCGUGGGAGUAUUGCCGCCUAGCUGCCUGUGAAUCCCUGGUCAGAGUCCAUUCCCAAACCCCGGAGGUACUGGUGGCCGUGUCUGAGGCGGCCGUGACCGCACGUCCGACCUGCGGUAAGAGGCACAAGAAGAGGACCUUCUUGAGACCACGCAUUGUUGGCGGCUCGUCAUCUUUGCCUGGCUCACACCCCUGGCUGGCCGCCAUCUACAUUGGGAAUAGCUUCUGUGCUGGGAGCCUUGUCCACACCUGCUGGGUAGUGUCCGCAGCCCACUGCUUCUCCAACAGUCCCCCCAGGGACAGCGUCACAGUGGUUCUGGGACAGCAUUUCUUCAACCGCACAACGGACGUGACACAGAUGUUUGGCAUCGAGAAGUACGUGCCCUACACCCUGUACUCGGUGUUCAACCCCAGCAACCAUGACCUUGUCUUGAUCCGGCUGAAGAAGAAGGGGGACCGCUGUGCUAUCCGCUCCCAGUUUGUCCAGCCCAUCUGCCUGCCUGAGGCCGGCAUCUCCUUCCCCACUGGACACAAGUGUCAGAUUGCAGGAUGGGGCCACAUGGACGAGGAUGUGAGUGGCUAUUCCAGCUCCCUGCGGGAGGCGUUGGUCCCCCUUGUUGCCGACCACAAGUGUAGCAGCCUUGAGGUGUAUGGUGCCGACAUCAGCCCCAACAUGCUCUGUGCCGGCUACUUUGAUUGCAAGUCCGAUGCCUGCCAGGGGGAUUCCGGCGGGCCGCUGGUCUGUGAGAAGAAUGGUGUGGCAUACCUGUAUGGCAUUAUCAGCUGGGGUGACGGUUGUGGGCGGCUCAACAAGCCAGGAGUCUACACCCGUGUGUCCAAUUAUGUGGGCUGGAUCAAUGACCGCAUACGACCACCCAAGAGACCUGCAGCCGCCUCCUGAACCGCACCCCCUACCCCACCAGGAGGGGCUGCUCAUAAUUCCCUUUCUACUACCAACAAUAAAAAUGUUCCCAAGGA